AUGGCAACACAGAUUGUGUAUCUAGAUGACCCUAAAGCCGGGAAUGGUUGGAAGGUUGUUCAGAAGAUGGAUCAACGGAACGUGUAUGCUAUACUAGAACUGGACCCAACUGACAACGACGUCGACAACAUUGCUGAUCAACGUUUGGAAUCUUCUAUGGAAAAUGAUGCAGAAACACUUCGAGAUACAAAUGUUAUACAAGAAUCGUUUUAG